UUGAGGACAAAAUGUUCACUUGCUGCCUAAUAUAUCCCACCCACUAACAGGUGCCGUGAUGAAGAGAUGAUCAGUGUCAUUCACUUCUCCUGUCAGUGCUCAUAAUGUUAUGCCUGAUCGUUGUAUAUAUACCAGUUAAACAAACCCUUUUGCAAUCUCCCAAGUAUUUGCAGGAUCAGGUCAUGAACUUCCUUAUUUCAUCAUUUUUCUCAUGUCAGCACUGUCAGCUUACGGACCAAUCCUGGAUUUUUGGCUUUAAAUCUCUGCUUCUGUCAUGACAAACUGCUUUUUAUAAUCAAGGCUACAAGAUCCCAAUCUUUUCUAUCUCAAACAUGAGACAGUCAAACAUGUUUGUUUCGAUGGUCGUCAUUCCUCUAAUUUUAUCACAGUCAGCGAGAGGGAAGGACUGUGUGUGUGAGCUGCAAAAUUCUGAUCCUGCUUUCCCUGAGAAUAAACUCAAGGAAGUUGAGUUCACUGCUUCACAGUGUAUUGCGAACAUCACUUCAGAAAAGAUGACAGAGAUUGACAGGCUUGUGUUGGGUCUACAACAUCGUAUCUGGCAGCUUCUCGACAAUGUGUCCAUGCUGGAAAAAGAAGACAAUGGAAAUCUGUAUGCAGCGGUGUCUCUACGCAUUAUUGAAUUAGAGUUACUGGAGAUUCAAGACCUUCUGGAUAAACUCAACAGGACCACCAAUAAUUACCAACAGCUCAGCGUACAGACUGCUGCAGAGCUUAAGGAUAUGGAGGAAACGAUGGUGGAGCUUGAGAAGUUUGAUCACACACAGGUGAUGGUGAAACAGCGUGAGAACCAGCGUAUUAAGAGGGACCUGGAACGGUGCAAAGAUGUGCUCAAUAGUACAGCACCAGCUCCUACACUUUCCCCAGGUCGCUGUGGUCUAGGCCGCCUGGUCAAUGUCUCAAGACCUAGAACGUAUUCCCUCACUGCGUAUGGAACAUCCUACAAUUUCGGUGCUUGGGGUCGAGAUGCAAAUCCUGCUCCAGGAGAUGAGAACAAGUACUGGCUGGUGGUGCUGUCAAGUAGUAAUGUACAUGGCAACUUUAUCCGCCAGUACAGUAGUAUGAGUACUAUUAUAUUAGGUAUAGGACCAACAGAUACGUAUAUAUCAAACUCCAACCCCACAACAAACACAAUUCAGGGGCCAAACAUGGUCAUGUACGGCAAUGCGCUCUACUAUAACUAUUACGACACAAAUUCGGUCUGUCAGUUCAACAUGACGACUAGUUCUGUCAGUACUGUGGCUUUACCUAAAGAUGCAGGAUACAACAACAAGUUUCCAUUCGCACACCUCGGCGCAACAUACAUCUAUACAGAUCUGGAUUUCGCCACAGAUGAAUCAGGCGUCUAUGUUAUAUAUGCGUCCAAAAGCAACUUUGGAAAUGUAGUUAUCAGUAAAGUUGCGACUAGCAACCCGCCUGUUUUGAACCAAACGUGGUCAACUUCUCUUCACAAAAGGACUGUCACAAACACCUUCAUGGUGUGUGGCGUGCUUUAUGCUACUCGUUACCUGAACAAAGAAACAGAAGAGAUCUUUUACUCUUAUGACACCAAAACCAAUGAAGAGCGCUAUGAUUUGAGAAUUCACAUUAAGAAGAUGCAGACUAAUAUUAGGUAUAUGAAUUAUAACCCCAGAGAUCAUUUGCUGUAUGUCUACAGUGAUGCCUACAUUGUGACAUAUGAAGCCAUGUUUCAGGAAGUCAACUGAACUAUACUCUGUCUUUUUUACCAAGUAAAUCUAAUGAUUUUACAUAUUUGAAAUUGAAAAUCAUUUAAAUGUGUAUCACACAUUUUGGUUCUUGAAAUAAAGUUUGAGAGAAACUUUUAGUGCUGGUUUACUAAAGCAUACAAAUAAGUUACAUUUAAACAGAUACAUUUACAUAGGUUAGCAUUAGCUUAUGCUGCACAAUUACUUUGUUUUGACAGCAACUCACUUCCUGUUAAGAUAAACUGUACAGUAAAUCAUUAAUGUGCAUGUUGAGGUGUUGUUGUACCUGUCUGGGGUGGUCGGGGUAACAGGACUGACUGUAGAUGUAUUUUAGAGGCUCUAAAAUCUCUGUGCCGCCCAUGUCUGCUCGCAUUUCCUUCACUCUCUUCAGAGCCUGAUCCAUUGUGUCCUGAUU